UCACAUGACAGAACUUGUGACAGUUCUGAUUAUAACAAUGGAAGCCGUUCGAUGUUCCCUCGGCUUCCUUGUUCUGGCUGUCCUAUCGUCCACGGUCGUCUCCAAGUAUGAGCCGAACUGGGACUCGCUGGAUAAACGGCCGCUGCCGCCAUGGUUUGACGAGGCCAAGUUCGGGAUAUUCCUGCACUGGGGCGUCUUCUCGGUGCCGUCCUUUGGCAGUGAAUGGUUCUGGUGGAACUGGCGGCAGGAGAAAAACAAGCAGUACGUGGAGUUCAUGGAGUCUAACUACCGGCCGGGGUUCACUUACGCCGACUUCGCCCCUGAGUUCACCGCAGAGUUCUUUAACCCGGACGCCUGGGCAGACCUGUUCGUGGCGGCCGGAGCACGUUAUGUUGUCUUAACCACUAAGCACCAUGAAGGUUUCACCAACUGGGGUUCUCCAGUGUCCUGGAACUGGAACUCUGUGGACACCGGGCCGCACCGUGACCUUGUAGGAGACCUGGGAAAUGCACUGAGGAAACGGAAUCUUCGCUAUGGACUGUAUCAUUCGUUACUGGAGUGGUUCCACCCACUUUAUUUAAUUGACAAAAAGAAUGGCUUCAAAACUCAGUAUUUUGUGUUUUCAAAGACCAUGCCUGAACUAUAUGACCUGGUAACAAGGUACAAGCCAGAUAUAAUCUGGUCAGAUGGAGACUGGGAAUCACCAGACACCUACUGGAACUCCACCGAUUUCUUGGCCUGGCUAUACAAUGAAAGUCCUGUAAAGGACACAGUAGUGGUGAAUGACCGAUGGGGUAGUAACUGCUCCUGCCACCAUGGUGGAUAUUACAACUGCGCUGACAAAUUCACACCCAGCACCUUGCCAGAUCACAAAUGGGAGAAAUGCACUUCAGUCGACACGUUCUCCUGGGGAUACAGGCGCAACAUGCAGCUUAAUCAGCUGAUGGGUGAAGGGAACAUCAUUAAAGAACUGGUGCAGACAGUGAGCUUUGGAGGAAAUUAUCUUCUUAAUGUGGGACCUAGCAAGGAUGGUUUGAUCAUGCCCAUAUUUCAGCAACGUUUGCUUGCUGUUGGAAAAUGGCUGAGCAUUAAUGGCGAGGCAAUCUAUGCUAGCAAGCCCUGGCGAGUGCAGAAGGAGAACUCGACAGACAGUGUCUGGUACACUAGCAAGGAGUCCUGUGUAUACGCUGUCUUCCUGAGGUGGCCAGAAGACAAUAUACUGAAACUGGCUUCUCCUAAACCAACCCCAAACACAGCUGUAAAGAUGCUUGGAUUUACUGCAGAUCUGCAUUGGAAAUCAAGUCCAGAGGGAGGUCUUGUCAUUCAGUUGCCCAGUAUUCCUCCAGGAACCUUCCUUGUAGAAUAUGGAUGCACUUUAAGACUGCAAGGAGUGAUUUAGGAGACUUGCUGCACGAGGGUGAAGUUAUCAUAUUGAGAAGUCUGCAAUUUGCAGCCCAUGUUUUCUAGUAUUCCAUAAACCGGGACCAGUUUUGGGAAAUCAGUAAUCCUGUGUUUAAUUAGAUGUUACCGUUAAAGAUGAGGUGUAAUUGUUUUGGGUUUCGUUUUCAGCUCUGAUUUUUAUAAGCAAACAACUUGUUUGAGCUCCUUCUGUUACAGAAGGUGGUGUAUUCGGCACUAUAUACUUCUUUUUCAGAUUAAUUGCUGCCAUAACCUUUGUGAUUGUAUGUUUGUUUUUGUACAUGGCAGCCGUGAACAGCAUUGAAAGAUUGUCUGUAAACCAAAGUUUCUAUAGAUGGGGCACCUGCCUUACUCCAUUUAUGUGCCCCUCUGCUUACUCCUGGGUGAUUCCUCAUGCUGUAAAUGGAAAUUGCACUUCUUGUCGGGAAUCCUCAAUGCACAGCGCAAUGGAGUUUCUCAAACUCAAAACAUACAGCAUGUUCUCACAUUGAGAAACUCCAUAUGGGCUGUACUUGCCAUGUGAAUAUUACAUCUGAAUAUCAUUUCUGUUGUGUCUUCUGUCUUACAGGAAGAACUGACCUGUUCUAAGACCUCUUUAUUUGCACUUCUGCUAAUUGAAAUACAGUAAUUCAGCAUUUUUCUGUUUUUACAUGAUUGUAUUCCAUUUGAUUACUUGAUUUCAUUUGUAAGAUUAAUAUAAAUUUUUGAAUAUAUUUGUCCAAGAAGACAAAUUAUUUUCUACCAAA